GCUUCACUGCAGCUCGCGCAGAACCACUGGAGGCAGUCGAGCAUCACACCUCGAGCUCAACAGGAGGAGAGGAGGACAGCAGCAAAGUCUGCACACAUACAAACAGCUCCAAGUCCGCGCUUACUUCAACACAACGAUCUCUCAGCGUCCAUGGAUACUCCCACUUUUGCAUGACAUUUCCACGGAAGCUUCAAACAUGAAUCGCGCAUAGACUUGAAAUCGCUUCUCACGCGCGCAGACAAGGGGCAGAUAAAAGAGACGUGCGUACUGUCCAAACUAACUGCAAAGACGCAUGAUGGAUAAAGAGAUCAGAGGGAAAGCGACCCUACGCAAGCACAGUGCUUCUCACUGGCGUAUGCAGAAGAUCGCCCAGGAAUCUGUUGACAGCUCAGAUGAUGAGUUUUUUGAUGCCCGAGAGGUGCUGGAGGGGAAGACGGCCAUGCUUUUGGGCAUGAGUCAGUGGAACUCUAAUGAUCUUGUUGAACAGAUAGAAACCCUGGGCCACAUCGACCAGACGCAGGAGAGUCUUUACCAUGUAAGGAGGUCAAAAUGUGUCCCUCAGACUAGCAUCGAUGGUCUAGAGGAAGCUGAGAACAAAUGUCAAACACAUGUGCUGGUGUUGGUGGUUCAUGGGGGAAACAUACUGGACCUAGCGGGUGGAGAGGCAGGCUCGAAGACCGCAGAUGUAAACACACUGUCCUCAGUGCUGGAGAAAGUAUCUCAAGAUCAUUUCCAAGCUGCAGCUCAGCAUGUCGUCAUCAAGUUGGUGCCGUGCCCAGCCGUAUGCGCAGAGGCCUUCUGCCUUGUAUCAAAUCUGAACCCUUACAGCUACGACGAGAGUUGCGUAUCCAGCAGCGUAGACCAUUUACCUCUGGCCGCUUUACCACUGCUCGCUAUUGCUGCUCCACACUACCAAGAUGCUGUUGCAACUGUGAUCGCCCGGGCCAACCAGGUGUACCACAGCUUUCUGCAGUCUCCAGAGGGACAGGGAUUCACAGGCCAGGUGUGUUUGUUGGGUGACUGUGUGGGAGGUGUGCUGUGUUUCGACGCUCUCUGUUUCAGCAACAGCCCACGACACAGCAGCCCCAUCCACACCAGUCAACGUAACAGCACAGAGAGCCUAAAGGAUAACCCUGAGGUCAGUCCGAGUCUGAGCUCCAGCAAACGUCUUAGCAGGAGCAGCAUUGACUUAUCUGCCCCCAGUGAGACCCGCAACAGGAAAACUUCCCUCAGCCGCAAACAGAGCGACUCGUAUGAUGGAGACUCCUCUGGCAGCCAGCACCACCCGUUCCUCAGUCUGAUACAGGAUGGAACAGACCUGAGACCAAGCAGCAGCACCAGUCUAGUGUUGAAUCCAGGUCGCUUUGACUUUGAGGUGUCGGAUUGUUUUCUGCUGGGUUGUCCUCUUGGAUUGGUGCUAGCUAUGAGACGCACUGUGCUUCCAGCUGUCCAGGUGUCUCAGCUCCGGCCUGCAUGUUCACAGAUCUUCAACCUGUUUUACCCUUCUGACCCAUCGGCCUCUAGACUGGAGCCGUUGCUGCACUCUCAAUUCCACAAACUGCCUCCUUUCCCUGUGCCCCGCUACCAGCGUUAUCCUCUGGGAGACGGCCGUUCCACUCUUAUCGUUGAUGAAAUCCAUAGCUACUCGGAUGUGUUCCUGGCCGGUAGCACGGUUCCAGUGGGCGCUCCGCACUCCUCCUCUCCCCAGACAGAGCACAGUGCAGGUGGGCGGGUGGGCGUUGAGGUCCGCAGGUCCAGUUUGACCAGCAUGGACAGCCAGUUUUCGGGCUGCUGGGAGAGCAAGCUGAGCAGCACCAUCACCAACAUUUCCAGCAGCUGGUGGGGGUCUAAACGGUUGGAUUACACUCUGUACUGUCCAGACGUUCUGACAUCAUUCCCCACAGUGGCUCUUCCUCAUCUGUUUCACGCUUCUUACUGGGAAUCCACCGAUGUGGUCGCCUUCCUUCUACGACAGGUGAUGCACUGUGACUAUGUGAAAGCCCAAGAGAUGGACAACUCUGACUCUGCCCCCUUCUCACCUUCAAGUCCGAGGGAGAAGUGGCUACGCAGACGCACACAUGUCAAGCUUAGGAAUGUCACCGCCAACCACAGAGUCAAUGAUGUUAUCGCAACCGAGGACGGGCAUCAGACCCUGGUUGGUCGUUUCAUGUACGGUCCGCUGGAUAUGGUGACCCUGACUGGGGAAAAGGUCGAUGUGUACGUGAUGACCCAGCCACAGUCAGGUCGCUGGGAGCACUUCGACACCGAGGUGACCAACAGCAGUGGCAGAGUGACCUACACCAUCCCCAAAAGCAAAAAAAUGGCUGUGGGGGUCUACCCCAUCAAAAUGGUUGUCAAGGGUGACCAGACAAGCGCAGAGGCCUUCCUGACGGUCUUGCCUCGGGGGAUGGAGUGUGUUGUCUUUAGCAUUGAUGGUUCAUUUGCCGCUAGCGUCUCAAUUAUGGGCAGUGACCCUAAAGUACGGCCCGGAGCUGUGGAUGUAGUCAGACACUGGCAGGACCUGGGCUACCUGAUCAUUUACAUCACUGGCCGUCCAGACAUGCAGAAGCAGAGAGUUGUGUCCUGGCUGUCUCAACACAACUUCCCCCAGGGGAUGAUCUUUUUCUCAGAGGGGUUGGUGCACGACCCUCUUCGCCAGAAAACUAUCUUCCUCAGGAACUUGGUGCAAGAGUGUCACAUUAAAAUCAACUGUGCCUAUGGCUCCAUGAAGGACAUUUCCGUCUACAGCAUGCUGGGCCUCAACCCCAACCAGAUAUAUAUAGUGGGUCGGCCCUCCAAGAAGUACCAGAAUCAAUGCCAGUUCCUGAGUGAGGGCUAUGCAGUACAUCUCUCCUCCCUGCAGUUCAGUCACAGAGCCCGGCCCAAGAAGAGCUCUGUGCGGAUGGUUCUUCGAAAGGGUUCAUUUGGUCUGUCAGCCAAAACAGACUUCCUGUGUAAGCGGACACACCUUCGCCGCACCAUGUCAGUGCAACAGCCUGACCCACCCAUGACACCCAACCCUAAACCAGAGCGAGCUCAGAGCCAGCCCGAGUCCGACAAGGACCACGGGGGUGGAGGGGGUCUAGGACAUGCCAUGUGGGCACGGGGGUCCAUGCACCGUGGCGACACCACUCCCUGACCCAAGAGAAACAUAGGAGGGAUGGAAAAAGGACAGAUGGGAAUGAUCUCUCGGUGGACAAA